UGGGCCAAUAAUGGAGUAUAUUAAAAUGAGACAAUUUACUCAUGUGUUGUGUAGGCUAACAAUUGCACGUGUCCCGUUUGUCUUUUUUCAAUGACCCCGUGUUUCAGAAGUUAGUUACAGAUUGGCUUGAGCUCUUCAUUCUGAGCAAUCUGUGAUAUCUACUGUUUUUUCCGUGGCAGGUCACUGAAAGCAAAACACAGCAUAGUCUUCCCUAGUGAUACGAAGUUAACAUUGGCGUCUUAGAACACUAUGGAACACAACUGUCUUGGUGGUGGCUGGCUGCUCAGUAAAGUUUAGACAAGAAAGACAAAUAGUAGGUCUCCUCCUGGCCAGAGGCCUGCUAUUUUUUUUCUUCUGCUCACUGCAACGCAUUUCAUUGGUUCUUUGAACGUCCCGUUCGAACGUAAUGAAGUCCCACGUCCGACUCCCACAACGUCGUACUGCUGUGCUCAAAAACGAGAAAUAGUCGUUUUUGACUUGCCUGCCUAGCAUUCCAAAAUGUUUCUAGCGGCCCUUGUAUUUUUACCUAUAUUGUCUCAACUUAUCGAUGCCAAGCAGAAAGAUUUUUACACAUUCAAAGUCGUUAAUAUUAGAGGACGAUUAGUGUCUUUGGAAAAGUACAGAGGUUCGGUGUCUCUGGUGGUGAAUGUGGCCAGUGACUGUGGCUUCACUGAGGCGCACUACACAGACCUGCAGCAGCUGCAGCGUGACUUCGGGCCGUACCACUUCAAUGUGCUUGCAUUCCCCUGCAAUCAGUUUGGACAGCAGGAACCGGGCAGCGACAAGGAGAUUGACAGCUUUGUGAGGCGGGUCUACGGUGUGUCUUUUCCACUCUUCAGCAAGAUUGGUGUGGUGGGGGCAGGGGCCAACAACGCCUUCAAGUACCUCGCUGAAGUGUCUGGGAAGGAACCUAACUGGAACUUCUGGAAGUAUCUCAUUGAUGUUGAUGGAAAAGUUGUUGAUGGUUGGGGUCCCAAGACGCCUGUUCAAGAAAUCCGACCAAAAGUAGCCGAGAUGGUCCGUAAACUUAUCCUAAAGAAGAAAACUGAACUUUAGUGAGCGUGUCCACUGUAGUCUUUUUUCAAUGAGCCACUGUUACAAAUGCCAAGACAUCAAGCACUGAACAGAAAGAGGAGCCAUGCUUUUUUGACAUGACAAUCUUUCAUCAUUAGACCCUGAGGCCAGAACAUUUUUGAUAUUUUGAAAAUGUGCCUUUUAAACCAUUCCUCUUGCCCAUCAGACCAUUGAUUAUUUUUUUUUUAAAGUAUAUUAUUCUCUGCAGGAAAAGUGUAAUUUUUAAAGUUUUUGUUCAAGUGUACUGAUUUGUCCAGACAGAGAUAAACUAGUCAAACAUCUCGCUUUGUUUCCUUGUCAGUAACAUGCAGCUACUGAAGUUAUAAAAUAUGAUGACACAAGUGCGUGGACUAAUAAUAAAAAAAAACCCUGAUAUAC